AUGCCUUCUAUCGAAGCAUACAUUUCCACCUCGUCUCCCAUUUUUGACUUGGAGUCUGAUCAUGACCAUACCAUCACCAUUAACCUUUUCCUCCAACAUAAUCGCCCAAUUACGUUCCCAACUCAAGGCCUUCGUCUCUUCGACUCACCCAUGAAUAAAGGCGGCCUUACCUUCACGGACAUGGAGACCGGCACUGAGGCUCGCCGAAACAGGAUCUUUAUGUGCGGCCCCGACCACGAAGGGUCUUUGCGAGAAGAGAACAAAGAUUGUUUCCUAACACUAUAUCCUGGACAAAAAUAUCCUAUACAAGCAUCUAUAUCACGCAUGGAAAGUGGAGUAGGACGCAUCCAACUUCCGCCAGGAAGCACAGCCAAGGAAUACAGCGAGGCAAACGAAGCGCAACCCAAAGUUUGGAAAUGGUGGAAGGCGGGGAAUCUCGGCAACGGAAAGACUUACAGAAUUGGAAUUGAUCAAGAAUCUACCAUCAAGAAAUGGUUUGAAGGGAGUGUGGAAGAGCUUCUCCGAAAGCCGUUGGCUGAGAGGACUGAUGACAAGAUGAACAAGGAGCCAAUCAUGAUGGAUGUAACUCAGCCAGCUGAGUUUACCAUGAAGAGGCCUGACACUGACGGGAGUCUGGAUUGGCCUUAG